AUGGCUCCUAAAGUUGUUGGUAAGAAACUUUUGAAAGAGAUUAAGGCAUCCAGAGAUCAGGUAAACAAAUCUUCGCAUCUCAAGAAGCCUAGGUUGUCUUCUCCAAAGUUGAAGAUAGCUAUUUCUAGUUGUCCUACACCUACCAUGAUCAUGUCGAGCUCGAAGACUCCAUCUGGUACUCCUCUAGUGCUUCCAGUUGAUUCCUCGAGAAAUAAGAUUGUUGGGGAGGUUGCUUUGGACUUUUCAAGCACAUACAAAGAGAGGCCUCCUACUCCUAAAGUCCUUUUCUUGCUCCCCAGUUCUUCCCCUGUUCCUUCGAAGCUAGCCAUUCUUUUCUCGAGUGUUUCUUAUACAACUUUACAUGAUAAGAAUUCCUGUGAGAAGGAGUUCCUUUGUCUGGUGGAGAAGAUGGAGAAGCUACAAAAUAGCUUGUUGGCUUUCCCAAGAGAGGGUCCUUCAGGAAUUGAAGGAGAAAUGGGACGUCCAGUAGAGCUUGAACUAGAUUAUCGAGAAAAUGAAUCAAUUUUUGGACAGCAAGAAGGAGGUGGAGUUGAAGCUUUCUGCCUCUAG